AUGACAUGUCGCUGCAUUGGUAUAUCCAUCUGUUCGUUUCCGGACGCGUGGACGGGCACGUGGUACAGCAGUAGACGCGGCGAGCUGGUGAUCAACUCCACCCACCUGGGACCUAUCUACACCACCCAAACCAAAAGUGUCAAGUACGAGUGCUUCAUCACUAAUGGCAACGUCCUCGUCAUCAAAUCUGAGCAGUUCAAAUUGUAUGGUAUUAACUUUUUUGCCUACUUCUGUCUUGAAAUGACACCAUUGUCGUCUGCAUCGAUCCUGUACUACCAUAGAACACGCAAGGAUGACCUGGCCAACAACGAAACCUUUAAACUUUCUCCUACGAGCGUCAUCAUGACGGAAAAUGAUGUCUGUGAUGACACCCCAACAACGACGUCCUGGGAAUUACUCGUGAAGAAAGACUCAAUGCCGGCUGCCGCAGUGGACUGUCCUAAGAUGCUGCAUGGCGAGUUUAACUACACGGUGACGGAUGGGGGUGUAAGCUCCUGUGGCGCAAACUCCUCCUGGGACGGCUGCAGCGACCGCGACACGCCUUCCGUGAACACAACCCUGUGUGACGGCGACGUGGCCUUUUCGGCCAACGGAGUGUUCCAAUGCGUGUACACGUACGUUGAGGAGGGCAAUUACACGUACGUGUUGGUGGUCAACCUGGACGCCACCACAGACGAGUCCACCACAUAUCGAGUCACGUGUAUGGUGAUGGAGGAGGCCGAUGGGAGGAUACAAGUUUCGCAAACACCACAAAAGUGCGAUACCAACCAGAAACCGAACAGUACCACUUCCGGCACCACAAUUAUUCUUCAGCCUUUCGCGAACUGUGUGGUCCCCACCACCACCACCACCGCCGCCGUCACGACAACAACAGCAGCUACUACAACGACCACUUGGCCGAGCACAGCCUCCAGUCUGAAGGCGGGUCAUGCUCAUGUCUUUGUGUCCGUGCUACUCGGAGGCUGUGUGUGGAUACUGCAAUAGGACUGCACAGACAAUGCGUGUUUAUUGUAUGGAUGGUUGAUAGUUUUAGACAUAGCGAGAAUAGCGAAUGUAUACUCUGCACACCUUUCACAGAUCUUAUUAGGCAAAUAUACGAAUGCUAUGGUUGAAUACAGCACAUCAAAUUCAUAUUGUUGUUUAUUAAUCGAUAACAAACAAUAAAUCAAAUAAUAUAUUUCUAGGUUAUUAUCUUGAUCCUGACUUGAACGUUGAUGGAGUACAUUUGGCAUCAUAAGUAAAGUUUAGGGUUUUAGUUUGAACCUUUCGAAUUUGUACUAUUAUUCAUUAAGGAAGCAGUCAUGGAUAACGAGUGUGUACAACUAGAGAUGUCGUUAAUUAAGUUUUUGCAUUCAUUUGAAAGCAUAUAUUGUAUUAUACAAUCAUUUUAUUUGAAAACA